AUCUUCUUGACAGUUUUUAUUCUUUUAGUAUACUCGCUCAUCGACGAGAUUUAUCCUUGACAUAAAUUUGUCGUGUGGCCUAAUCUAUUGGUUACAUGAAGUUGUUGUUUAUUGUUAGUUUUCAACCGAUCAUGAUCAUGAUCCGGUCAGCUAUGGUGUACUAAUGGUAUUAGUGCAGUUUUUCUUGAUAUUCUGUGUCUGUUCUGCUGCUAGACUGCUGCUAUGCUGCAUAUGCAUGCAGCAGUUGUCAAUCCAAGUCACUGCAGUCAGACCUCUGAGGCGGAGUCAUUAUGUGUGAUGCCUGUGAUAUGUUUAUCUUGUAUGUAUGUGCAUGAGCCUAUGGAUGCAGCACAUAACACUUACAGUAGACCUGCUGUAAAGCUCUUGCACGGCUGCUAGCGGGAUUUUCUCACCUGAUGAGAGUCUAGGAAAUGGCGUUGUCAAUCCUAUCUUAUUACCAUUCUUCAAACUGUGGACUGUCAGUUGAUUUAGUGCUUCGUUGGUGUGUAGCUGUCUAGCUACAUUGAUGUUUUGGUCUUCGAGUUGAGGUAUGGAUUAACUACACGGAUGGUCUUAUAGCUGUGAUGUACCACGAGCAAAGGGAAAACUCGUUUUCGACUAUUUUUAUGAACGACAUUACAUUUGAACGAAUUCUUGUGUUAUCUUGGGAUAUGGUGUGUUCUCGAUAUUUUCAUGGUGACAACUGUUCUUGCUACUGUAAGUCUCAGAAUGACAAUGGUGGCCAGUACACUUGCUCAAGCAAUGGAACGAAGGUUUGUCUACCAGGAUGGGCAGAUCCGGGGAUAAAUUGCAGACAAAUUUUAGUAUAUUGUUGGUCUGCAAUCAGUAUCCGGAAGUAUCCAAUUACACCGUGACUUUACAAGUUAACAAAGAUGCACCUGACAUCUUAUCACGUGACCUCACUUUACAGGCAUCUCUGUCUACACACAUACAUGGGGUUGAUGCUACGUGCACAAAAUAUGAAGAACAACAUUAGUACAAGCAUAGAAACAUAGAAACACAGGAUGCCUUGUCUUGCUUGAACUAAUUGGUGCAAAGCAGAUUAGGAGUCCAACGUACUACGAGACUCUACAGACCAGUUUCUUCUCACUGAUUGAGCUUUUCUGCUGGCAUGUUUGUUUAUAUGUUGCUAUGCAUAUCAGCAGCAGUACCAACCACUGUGUUGACAGAUGGCAUACUGGAGAUUAAUUUUAUUGAAUAUUACGAUAAAAAUUUGAUGCUGGCCAAUGGUGUGUGCUGUCACCACUAUUGCCUUGAAAGUUGUGGCAAUAUAUUUAGGGUUAGUUUUCGAGAGUUUAGAAGCAAGGAAUCGUGUGAACAUUCUACGAUUCAAGAGAAUCCGCCUUUGUACACGAUAAUGACCGGAGAGAUUUUGACACAAAGGAGUGUGCAACCACCCGAAGGGCACUCCCACUUUUUCUCAUUUGGAGAAAGUUUGGGAAAUAACGAGAGUAAUCCUCUCCGAUUGCCAUUCAAACAGCUACAUGAGGGACGGUUUGGUCUCACUGUUUUGAUUACCAAUAAGUACAGUAACCAUGGCAAUGAUAUAGUUGGUGUAAUGAAUUAUAAUUAUCGUCCAGGAUUGCUUGGUUCCACGCUGUUUAUCAACGACUGCAAUUUUAAGAAGUUUCUUUUGUUCAGUUGGCGUGUUUUGUGUGGUGAUCACUUUUAUGGUGACGGUUGCUCGCGAUUUUGUGCUCCGAGAAAUGACAGCGAGGGUCACUACUAUUGCUCAAAAAAUGGAACGAAAGUUUGUCUUCUAGGAUGGAAGGAUCCACAAACUGACUGUCGCAAACGUAUUGAUGAAACUGAUGGGCAUGAUGGAAAAACUUGUCAAAACAAUCUGAAUAAUUUCGAUUUGUUAUACAAAUUGCGGGACUGCAGUAGAGCACAUGAUCCAGUCAUAACAUCUUUGGUUUUCAAUCCUCAAGUUCCGAACAGUAAUGUCCACAAGCCUGCUCAUUUAGUCCGUUCGCCUCACACGUUGACCACUCUGAGUACAGUGUCCUCACGAGAUCGAAAACAGAUGACAGUAGUGGAACAGAUUUGUCCAUUGAUAUCAAACAUGUUUCCUUGGCAUUCUCAUCUGAUUGAUAAUAUUGUUGAAUUGCUGCUGGAGAGAGGUCUUUUUGAGUUGUUUCCCAUCAGAAAAUGGAUUCAGUCGUUGCAUAAAGAAGUCGAGGAGACUAAAGCGUGGCUGCUAGGCCAUUAGUUUGCUGUUUGCUAUGUAUAUGCUAUUGUAUAUAUGACAAUGGCGUUCUGUUUUAAUGGUACAGUAUAGUACAGUGUGACUGUCUUGAAAUUAUAGCUCGAUUUGCUGGUUUUGAACAAUCACGUUAUUGACAGAUUUAUUUAAUUGAUUAUUUCAGUUUAUAA